GCUGGCCAAAUGAGGUUCACUCAGACUUCGGAAUCUGCUCACCUGAUUCCAUUCCAUUCGCCUCACGUUAACACUUGCAAGUACUAUGCAGCAUCGGGCUCUCCUUGUAUCAGAUGUACUACUGGUCAUAUUCGAGCAUGUGAACCACGAGAAAAAUAGUAGAUGGUCUCGAAAAUCCCUUGCAGCGCUUGCUAGCACAUGCAAAGACUUCCACGAGCCUGCAAUGGAUCUGCUUUGGGCUAAUAUGGAUGGAAUAGAACCGCUGUUAGGCUGUGUUACGAGACUACAUCCAAUGAUAUAUGGCGGCAAUAAAAAGCAUAUUGUCACGGUCAUGCAUGAAUUCUCAAGGCAGCUUAUCCGACGUCCUGAAGGGCAGCCCUUCUGUUCUCAAUCUGUCGAUCCCCUAUCUGAGCACGAGACCCAUCAGUUUUUGCGCCAUGCCGCUCGUGUGCGCUCAAUUUCCAUAAGCCACGACAGCCAUUUUCAUCUUAUCUCAGCUCUUCCCAUCGAGACAUGCAUCUUUCCGAGACUGCUGUCAUUAGCACUGGUUCGAAUUCUAUAUCCGACAAAAUAUUUGCAUCUCUUCCUGUCCCCCAUGCUGCGUUGCUGCGUCUUAUCGGAGAUUCAACCGGAUCUGAAAGUUCUUGUGACCCGUUGUGUUGCCUUGGAGGAUUUAUCCAUCAUACCUUGUGGUUCAUCACGUGAACUUUCCCCACUGUCUAACAGUACUAUUUUCUGUUUGUGCAAGCGGCUUGUAAAUUUGCGUUGUCCACCGCUCGACUGGGCAGCAUGGAAGGACCUCUCUAUGCUCCCUACCCUUCUUACAGUAUGGAUUCACGGCAAAGUCACGGAUCUUUAUUUCUCUAUUGACAGCGCAGCAUACAUUAUCGCAGUCAUGCACAAUUUUGAAUUGCCCUCACUGAAGCGGGUCAAGAUCAAUGUGGAUACUUUGCACAGGGCAGAGGGUGACCUGCUUUUACGUGCACUGUCACAGUGCAAAGCAUGUCAGACCCUCGAAUACGUCAAACUCUUCGCCGGUGGCCUAGUGGUCCAGGAACUCUCGGGCAGCUUGUUUACACCGAUCAGACAGUUAUUUUGUUUCAGGCAACUCCGAGUCCUGCGGCUCAUUCUUCCCUAUUGCUGCAGCCAUCUUGACAACGACCUUCUUUUCCAAGCCAUGUCAAGUUGGCCUCACAUCCGCUCGUUGGAAUUAACGGACCUCCAUAGAGACCUCCAUCCUCGUUCACCUGCCGUUACAUUUCGCGGAUUAUUCGCAGCGCUUCGCCUAUGUCCCCACUUGCAAAAACUGCGAAUACCUAUCGAUACUGAACAUAUCGAUAUUGAUCCGACAACCGAAUCAUUUCAACACACUUCCCUACAAUCAUUGGAUCUGGAUUCCCCUGACGUAGUGGAUGUUGAAGCUGUCGCUCGCACCAUCUUCUCCAUGCUGCCUUGCAUCCACCAAGUUAACCAAAUACUCGGUGGGAGACACUGCUGGAAGAACUGGCAAAAGGUCAACAAGCGUCUCGAAACUUUCAAAUCUUCUUCCGUUCUCGGCCAUCAAAUCAUAGGAACAUCUUCGCAGUCCUGAGUGUGGGACACUAAUAUUCGAGAAGUUGUGUCUGUCUUCUCAUAUUUUAGUGUCGUGCUGAAGAACUCUGUACUCUUCAUAAGCACAUUUUACCACGCCAUGUCGAACAAUAGGUCUUGUGUUACCAGUACUAUCUGUUGAACGUUACAGUUUUGUUAGCCUUCUCAACUUCGGCUUCAUUAUCACACUUUUCACGCCAAUCAUACUCGUGUUGUAUUACUAGAAGCGAUCUCGAUCUU